AGAAUGUUUCUGCCUAAUGACACUGAGUUCUAUCCCUCUUCAUUCCUUUUACUGGGCAUCCCAGGACUAGAACAUAUGCAUGUCUGGAUUGGAUUUCCUUUUUUCUUUGUAUAUGUUGUGGCUGUCAUGGGGAAUGCAGUUAUCCUCUUAGUGAUUCAGAAUGAACAGAGCCUCCAUGAGCCCAUGUACUACUUCCUGGCUAUGUUGGACUCCAUUGAUCUAGGCUUGUCUACAGCCACCAUCCCCAAAAUGCUUGGUAUAUUCUGGUUCCAACUUGGGAACAUCUCCUUUGGAGGCUGCCUUUCUCAGAUGUUCUUCAUACACUUCUUUACUGCCAUGGAGAGUAUUGUGUUGGUUUCAAUGGCAUUUGACCGUUAUGUUGCCAUUUGUAAACCCCUUCGGUACACCAUGAUUCUCACUAACAAAGUCAUCAUCAUCAUUGCAUGUGUUUCCAUUCUGCGGAGUUUGUACAUGGUACUUCCACUGGUGGUACUACUCCUGAGACUGCCUUACUGUGGGAAUCAUGUAAUUCCUCAUACUUAUUGUGAGCACAUGGGAAUUGCCAGACUGGCAUGUGCCAGCAUCAAAGCAAAUAUUUUGUUUGGUCUGGGCAACAUUUCUCUUUUACUAUUGGAUGUCCUUCUCAUUGUUCUUUCCUAUAUCAGGAUUCUUUAUGCUGUCUUUUGCCUCCCCUCUUGGGAAGCCCGGUUUAAAGCUAUAAACACGUGUGGCUCCCACAUUGCUGUUAUCUUAGCCUUUUUCACACCAGCAUUUUUCUCUUUCUUGACACAUCGUUUUGGCCAUAAUGUUCCCCAAUAUAUUCAUAUAUUAUUGGCCAAUCUAUAUGUAGUUGUUCCGCCAGCCCUUAAUCCUGUGAUCUAUGGUGUCAGGACAAGGCAAAUUAGAGAGCGUGUUGUCAGCAUUUUUUAA